AUGAAAGGAAGAUGUGCGAUUCGGGAAUGUUGUAAAUUGGGAUGGUGUAAAUUGGGAUGGCCGAGCACUGAAGUGCCAUCUCACAAUAAAAGGAGGAAGAAGAAGAAGAAGAAAAAUAAGAACAAGAAGGUUUACGCCUUGGAUGACAAGGCUCAAAGCUUCUACUUCGUGCCAAGUGAAUAUAUGUUUUGGAACAAGGGAACAAGAGAUUCUAAGCCAGGAACCAGAACCCAUUGGUGUGCCGUAGGGAAAUUGUUAUACUGCGUUGGUGCACAUGGAAGCAUAUUGUGGUGUGAGCCAGAUGUGUUGGAUUGGAAAGAGGUGAAAGGUUUGGAAAAUUUGAAAAAAUCUUUCUCUGGUUCUAGAGAUGUCCUCUUUAAUCCAGGCCCGAGGCUCUACUGUCCACCAAGGAUGGUCAAAUCUGAAAUUAGCAGACUCGGUAGCAACUCUAGUGGGAACAUUGUCAUCUUCUGGAACGCACGGCUUAAAAAUCCUGAUGGUUUGGAGCUUUGCUCUGCCGAGAUAUCUGUGGAGAGACGAGAGGGAGGCGACAUUUGGGGGAAGAUUGAGUGGUCUGGUGCUCUCUUCAAACUUGGUCCUCUAUCACACUCAUAUGGCGAGGUCUUAUAUUCUGCUUCUGUCUUUGUUUAA